UCUCUCUAAUUCAUUAUGUAAAGCCCAUCUCCUCACACCAAACCUAUAACAUUUUAACACCUAAGUGCACCAUGGAAACUACCCAAUUACAAACACCACACAUGGCUAUUUUACCCACACCUGGGAUGGGUCACCUGAUCCCACUCGCUGAGUUCGCCAAACGACUCGUCCUCCACCAUAACUUUUCCGUCACCUUCAUCUUUCCUACUGAUGGUUCGUCAAUGGAACCCCAAAAGGCCAUUCUUGAAUCCCUACCCAACUCCAUAAACUCCAUCUUUCUUCCACCGGUUAGCUUCGACGACCUCCCCGAGGACGCAAAAGCCGAGAAUCGGAUAGUACUCAGCGUGACUCGGUCACUCCCGGCUCUCCGCGACACGUUGAAGGCCUUAACCGAGUCAACUCAUCUAUCUGCUCUGGUGGUUGAUCUUUUUGGCAUUCCCACCUUUGAUGUGGCUAGAGAAUUCAGUGUCCCACCCUACAUUUUCUUCUCUACAACAGCUAUGGUAUUGAUGUUAUUCCUCUAUUUACCCAGGCUUGAUGAGACCUUGGAUUGCGAGUGCAGAGAUCUACCUGAACCGGUGAAAUUACCCGGGUGCGUUCCGGUUCACAGGGUUGACUUGCCUGACCCGGUUCAAGAUAGAAAGUGUGAUGUCUAUAAAAAUUGUCUUUUUUCAGCCAAACAGUAUCUUAGGGCUCAUGGAAUAGUGAUUAAUAGCUUCUUGGACUUGGAACCGGGCGCUUUUAAAGCUUUGAAGGAAAAUAAUUGGCCGGGUUCACCCCCGGUUUACCCUGUUGGACCGCUGGUUCAGACCGGUUCAGCAAGUGGGGUUAGUGGUUUAGAGUGUUUGAGUUGGUUAAAUGAGCAGCCACUUGGGUCUGUCCUAUAUGUUUCUUUUGGUAGUGGAGGGACGCUGUCCCAUGAGCAGCUCAAAGAAUUGGCUUUGGGAUUGGAAAUGAGUGGGCAAAGAUUUUUAUGGGUUGUUAGGAGUCCACACGAAAAAGUGGCAAAUGCCAAUUACUUUAGUGUCCAAAGUAGUAUGAAUAUGAACCCCUUUGAUUUUUUACCAGAAGGGUUCAUGGACAGAACCAAAGGGUUGGGACUGGUGGUGGACUCAUGGGCUCCUCAGAUUGAAGUCCUGAGCCAUGGGUCCACUGGAGGAUUUGUGACUCAUUGUGGAUGGAACUCGGCCCUAGAGGGUAUAGUCCAUAGUGUGCCGUUAAUUGCAUGGCCACUGUACGCAGAGCAAAGGAUGAAUGUGGUAUUAUUGACUGAGGAUCUGAAGGUUGCAUUAAGGGUCAAGGUGAACGAAAAUGGCAUUGUGGGAAGGGAAGCGAUUUCGGAAUAUGUGAAGGGGCUCAUUGUAGGAGAAGAUGGGAAGUUUCUUCAAAAUAGGAUGAGAGAUCUAAAAGAUGCAGCUGCAAAUGCUUUGAGACAAGAUGGGUCAUCUUCAAAGUCACUAGCAGAGUUGGCUCAGAUAUGGAGGGACAAGAAAAGCAAAUAAAAUAAUGCAGCUUAAUUCAUUUAAUUUUCAGUGUCAUAUCACUAAAUGUGUAUCUAAUAACAUAUGAUGAGUGAUGGAUAAUUCAUUAAGGGCUUAUUUGAUAUGCAUUUUGUUUUUGCAUUUUUAUUUUAACUCUUUAUUGUAUGGCGUUUUGAAUAUUAAUCGAAAGCAUAUUUG